CAGAAGCGCCUGGGCCCCAUCUCUACCGACGCCCUCACAGCCCCAACCCCGCCAGAGGAAGAACUGCCCCCCCGGCCCCGCCUGGGAGAGCUCACAGCCUCCCAUGUCACGUCCAGCUCUGUCCAGCUUGACUGGACAGUUCCCGAGGGCACCUUUGACUUCUUCACGGUGCAGUACAAAGAUGCACAAGGCCAGCCCCAGGUGCUGCGUGUGGAUGGCAGGUCCCACACGGUGACGGUGCCUGACCUGGCACCAUCCCGCCGCUACAAGUUCAACCUGUAUGGGAUCUGGCAGCAGAAACGUAUUGGUCUUAUCUCUACCGAUGCUAUCACAGCCCCAGCUCAGCUGGAGGAGGAACCGCCUACCCAGCCUCGCCUGGGAGAGCUCACAGCCUCCCACGUCACCCCCAGCUCCGUCCAGCUGGAGUGGAGGGGAGGAUUUCAAUCCCCAUGUGCCUCCCUUUUGCAUUGUGUCCUCCGUGUUGCAGCCCCAGCCCCGCCGGAGGAGGAGGAGGAAGCACCCUCCCAGCCCCGCCUGGGAGAGCUCACAGCCUCCCACGUCACCCCCAGCUCCGUCCAGCUGGAGUGGACGGUGCCCGAGGGCACCUUUGACUCCUUCACGGUGCAGUACAAGGAUGCACAAGGGCAGCCCCAGGUGCUGCCCGUGGACGGCGAGUCCCGCACGGUGACGGUGCCUGAGCUGUUGCCAUCCCGCCGCUACAAGUUCAAUGUGUAUGGGGUGUGGGGUCGGAAGCGCCUGGGCCCCAUCUCCACCGACACUGUCACAGCCCCAGCUGUGGCCUUGCUGGAGAAGGAACCGCCAUCCCAGCCCCGCCUGGGAGAGCUCACAACCUCCCACGUCACCCCCAACUCCGUCCAGCUGGAGUGGACGGUGCCCGAGGGCACCUUUGACUCCUUCAUGGUGCAGUACAAGGAUGCACAAGGGCAGCCCCAGGUGCUGCCCGUGGACGGCGAGUCCCACACGGUGACGGUGCCUGGGCUGUUGCCAUCCCGCCGCUACAAGUUCAAUGUGUAUGGGGUGUGGGGUCGGAAGCGCCUGGGCCCCAUCUCCACCGACACUGUCACAGCCCUGGCUCCAUCGGCGAUGGAAGCACCCUCCCAGCCCCGCCUGGGAGAGCUCACAGCCUCCCACAUCACCCCCAACUCCGUCCAGCUGGAGUGGACGGUGCCCGAGGGCACCUUUGACUCCUUCACGGUGCAGUACAAGGAUGCACAAGGGCAGCCCCAGGUGCUGCCCGUGGACGGCGAGUCCCACACGGUGACGGUGCCUGAGCUGUUGCCAUCCCACCACUACAAGUUCAAUGUGUAUGGGGUGUGGGGUCAGAAGCGCCUGGGCCCCAUCUCCAUCGACACUGUCACAGAUCCGGCAGCACCGCGGGGGCUCCAGGUGGAGGUCGUGACGCCCCGAAGCGCCCGUACCGCCCGCGCCUUCGGCAACCUCUCCCAGGAGUUCUGGCUUGGCAAUGAGGCGCUGCACGCACUGACCUGGGGACGCCCCAUGGAGCUGCGAGUGGACCUGCGGGCGCCGGGUGAGGCUGCCUUCGCCCACUACCGCAACUUCGCCGUCGCCGGCCCUGAGGACGACUUCCGCCUCCACCUGGGCGCCCACAGCG